UCAUCUUUCUCUAUCAUAGUAUGCCUUUAUGCUUUAUUGUAAACAUCACUUAUUUUCAUUGAGGUGCGAGACGCCAGAUUUGAUACGUAUACCUUGAGUAGAUCAGAGACUCCAUAGUAAAAUAUUAACACCGACAGACUAACUAACGAAAGUGGUAAUUAGAUGAAAUUGAACCGUAAUUUUGUAGUAACACCUUCUCCAUCGCAAGUUAGGGGUAUACGUUUUUUCGGAUCUUUAGUCAUCGAGAGGAUGUUGGAGAAUGUGCUACAAACCAAGAUAAAUCAGGUGCAUUCGCAAUAAGAACUAUAGAUAGGAAGAAGACUUAUAAAGUAGACUGGAAAAUUGCUUCUUGAAAUCAUUUUGAAUUAGUUGAGGUAUACGUAAAAUAAAUUUGUGUUUAAGCAGAUUUUGUACUGAUAAGUUUGCGUCCGGACUAUUCAAAGUCAUUAAUUAAUUAUAAGAGUUUAACUAAGAGACGCUGAGGUAGACUUUACAGAGCCUUAGUACAAACAAAAGUCUAGCGUUUGAUUGAAAAAUGCGACGAAUGCAACAUUGUGUGGCGAUAUUUGAAACUGUGAAUGAGCAAGUGACUUUAAAAGUGAGCAAAUUAACUAGAAACAAAUAGUACAGUCGCCUAAAUAUAACAACAUGUCACCUGGAUUGCUUGUUCUCAACUUUUCGAAACAUCAUUUUGUAGACUGUAAUCUGUGAGAACUUGUGAGGAAAUAAAUUGUUAUUUCAACGAAUUGUAAACUCAAUUGGGAUCGACUUUCAAUAGCAAUUGAGCGAUACGAAUGGAUACAACCCGAUACGGGGACACAUGAAAACAGUCGGCUAUUUGAUACGAGGCGGAAAAGGAAGAAUUUCACUGUAGAUUCAUGAUAUUAAUAAAAAAACAUUUUGGGCGAUAUUAAGGUAUGCUAUAAAAAGUGAAAAUGAGAACGAUGGCGAAAAAUAUGAUACAAAUGACAUUACAAUUACUAAGUAGUUUAGUGAUCUACACGAAUGCAGCACAUUUUCCUCUAAAAUUCCAAGGGCAUCGAGCCAUGAGACCGCACCCAUCAGACGAUCUAGCUAUAAUUCCUCUCGUGGAGGACCCCAAUCCUAAAUACGAUCCACAGCCGGAGGAUUUAGAUAAUAUCUUCUUGAGAACAGUACUUGGGAGGCAUUUUGAUUCGAAAUAUAUGUCCCCUACUGAGCCAGCGCCAUGGGACAAUGGUUUUAUAAAACACGAUCGGGGAGAUCGAGACCUGGGAGAAGCUCAAAGCGCAAUCAAAACUCUCAUGGAUACUUUAACAUUACCAGAUGGUACAAAAAUGAAGGGGAAAAUAAAUAGAAAAGUUAAAAAGAAACUUCAGAAGUUCUUAUGGAGUUACACAUACUGCCCUGUUGAAUAUAAAUGGACUGAUUUGGGAGUUCGGUUUUGGCCGCGCUGGAUCAUGCAAGGCUCGUGCGUUAAAACAAAAAGAAGCUGUUCUAUACCAUCAGGCAUGUCUUGCCGUCCAUCGCAGUCUUCGUACCUUCAAAUAUUACGAUGGUUCUGUCGGGGUAAGCCGCAUCCCUGUAAAUGGAUUGUAAUGCACCACCCCAUCAUAACGAAAUGCUCAUGCGGAUGUUAACAUAUCUUUCACGAAAACAUCAUCUCCGCGAAGUUAAAAAACGGAGAAAUGGUGCGUAAUGAAACUGAUGCACAACGCAUUCACAGUAGAAUAAUCCAAAAUGGCAAUACAAUGAAAAUCAGAAUUCAGCAAUGACUGUGCGUUUCUACCUCAAAUGUAUUGAACGAUCCUCGUAGAAACAUUUAAGAAUGACUUCGGGAUAUUCUGAAUACGAGGACGCGAUCUAAUGCCAAAUGAGAUUAACCAUCUAGUAGUAGAAGACAGAUACGAGGGUACAAGUAUACCUAAAAAAAGCCCAAGUGUGUAAAAUGUCUUCUUCGGGAUAUUUAUUUAUGACGUUUCAGGAAAAAAACAUUCAAAUCUAAAUAAUGAGGCCAUGAAAAAAUAUUUUUCAUUUCUGGUCACAAGGGUUCCCAAUUCUAGUCCAGCAAGCAUGGUCUACUUUUGAAAUCGUAGGUAAAAAGUUAAUCAAAAAUCAAGUUAAAUUAUUUCUUGAUCAUUUCAGUCUUAAAUCGGAGAUUAUAUAUGUCGUAUUUGAAAGAGUGCACAAUCUUGCUUUUAUACACUUUUCAAUGUAAAA